UCUCAGAGAGUGGAGAGAACGCUGCCUCGGCUGUGCAACUGAUGAUGGGAGCGUUAUGGCAGCGUAAUCAAAUGUAGUACUCUUUUAUUGACAAAAGUGGAACUGUAUGUGCAAAUCUGGGGAAAUAUUCCACCGAUCUACAAAAUGAGGACGGCUAUGCGCCAUGGGGCAGCCGCGUUUCUAGCUAUCACCAUGUGUACCAGCUUGUUCGUCGUAUACAACGUCAGCAGCAAUGACGCCGGGAGUUCUAACAACGCGUCCGCCCAAAAGACGGCAAAUCCGACAAAAGUCUCGAGCAAGACGCAAAAGGCGCCUUCACCUCUGCAGGGCUACAUCAGUAUCAUUGACCACAGUCCCUUGAAGAUGCACUGCAGCAGCUGCUCACUGGUCACCAGCUCUGGCCACCUGACGGGUGGCGGGCGUGGCGCCGACAUCGACCGCGCCGAGUGUGUCAUCCGCAUGAACGACGCGCCAGCCGCCAGCAGCUUCGGUGCCGACGUGGGCCGCCGCACAAGCCUGCGCGUGGUGGCCCACUCUAGCAUGCAGCGUGUGCUCCGCGCCCGCCGGCAGCUGCUCGAUGCCAGCCAGGACGCAGUCUUCGUCUUCUGGGGGCCCAGCAGCUAUAUGCGGCGUGACGGCAAGGGCCUCGUCUACAACAACCUGCGUCUGGUCAGCCAGGUGCUGCCCAAGCUCAAGGUGUAUAUCAUCUCCUGGCAGAAGAUGCUGCAGUUUGAUGAGCUCUUCAAGAGGGAAACGGGCAAAGAUAGGAGGAUAUCUAAUUCUUGGUUAAGUACAGGUUGGUUCACAAUGACCAUAGCGCUUGAGCUGUGUGACCGGAUAAAUGUUUACGGCAUGGUGCCUCCAGACUUCUGCAAGGAGGCUCAGCACCCCUCUGUCCCGUAUCACUACUACGAGCCCCUGGGCCCUGAUGAAUGUGCCAUGUACAUCUCUCAUGAACGAGGGCGACGCGGUAGUCAUCACCGUUUUAUCACGGAGAAGCGGGUCUUUGCCAACUGGGCACGGACAUUCAACAUCCACUUCUACCAGCCGGACUGGAGUCCAGCGCCAUUACCUAAUAAUGUCACAGGGACCACAGUCUUGCCUCAGUCCUGGAGGACAUGACUGCAACCUGUGUGUUCAGAAGAGCAUACCCUGCUGUGCGGAACUUGGACUGCUGGCUAAUAAACAUCACCAUGUGCACACAGCUGUAUGAUUGACUAUGAGAAGGCAGGCACUGAGAGGACAUGUGCAUUAUCUGACAACUUCAAGGAGGACACAUUUCCUUUGUAGAUUUAUAAUGGCUUCAUUUUCGACUGUUUGGAAUGAUCAGAAAAUCACAUGCUCAAUUAGCAUCAUGUGAUUAUCUGAUCUGUGCUAUAGUGUGUGGACAUUGUUCAUCCACAAAAGAUGAAGCUGAUGAUACUUGCAGUUAUAGGGCAUAUUCAACACAGGAUGGAUGAUGUGCAACAGGGCACUGUUUAAAGGCCAUUAUGUUUUUGCCAAACACUCAGAUUCCCACCAUCUGUAGAAGAAUUGGGAAAAAUGUCAUCAUAUUAGCUUUGAGGUCUCUAUGGAAACAAAGUAACUAAACAGUCAUCACUGCCUAGAUGAUAUCGGCAUUAUCUCUGACACGGCGCUAUUAGUAAACAGAGGUAUUUAUAUCAUUUAUCACAAACAUGUUUGGGAAAGAAACUUUGUUAGUCAUAAGCAGGUUGCCUGUAAGAUGAAAAACUAAUGGUGCAGAAAGGUUUUAGGGAGAUAGUAGAAAUAUAAAAAAUCAAAUCUCAUAGAAAUCAAUUUACAGAGAACAUCUUAUUUAUCAGACUUCAGUUAUCUAUUUAUUUCUUCAUUUUUGGGAGCAGAAACAGACUGUCAUUAUUUUUACUUUGCAGAAUUCUCAGGAUUUGUCAUGUCUUUUGUAAAAUGAACUUUACUUUCUAGAAAAUAAUUAAUACAAAACAAAAUGCAUAUGCAAAUGCAAAGUUAUUGAAAUGCAUUUACAGUAUUAAUGAAACAACAAAGUAUGUUUUAGAGCCAUAUUUACUUUAUCUUGGCAUUGAUUGAAGUUGGUGGCUUAAAGUUUUAGUGGUUUAAAUUCAUAAUGACUAAAGACCAAAACUGAACUUCUUUUAAUUUUUUAAGCAAGAAAAUUUAAUGAUGGAAAAUUAGCUCCUAUUGAAUAUAAUGGAACAGAAAUAUAAGCAAAAUGAUAGCUUUAACUGCCUAUAGCAGUCAUUUACUGAAUUACAUACAUUUCCUGGACUUUAGUCUCUGUGUAAAUGUAAAUUUAUUUUAAAAUAAAUUAAAAAAUGGAGUAUCAUGAUCAGAAUUCAUUAAAGGCUGUACUAUCCAAA